GUAAAUAAUGCUGCAUCUUUGCUUUUUUUAAAAAAAUAUAGGUUAGAAAAAAAUAUAUAUAUAGGUUAGUUUAUUCUGUUAGUACGUUUAGCUCCUCAGCUUUCACUUUGGUUUCAUGAUAGAAGAAAAUGUAGGUUUUCCCUUUGAGUGUGAGUUUUCCUGUCCCUGAUUCAUGAAAAACUUAACAUGGUAGAACACAAGCUUUAAGAAAGGGAUUUUAAUUUAUUUUUUCAAUAAGAACCAUAAAAAUAAGUCUUGUCCAUCUUACCAUGAAGUCAGAUGUUAAGGAUUAUUUAUUACCUUCAUCAGCAUCUGCAAAUAGCAUAUUUUGAGCAAACAUGAAUGUUGGAGUUGCUCACAGCGAGGUGAAUCCAAAUACCCGUGUAAUGAACAGCCGGGGUAUGUGGCUGACAUACGGGUUAGGAGUUGGCUUACUUCAUAUUGUCCUACUCAGUAUUCCCUUCUUCAGUGUUCCAGUUGCUUGGACCUUAACGAAUGUUAUACAUAAUCUGGGGAUGUAUGUAUUUUUGCAUGCAGUAAAAGGAACACCUUUUGAAACUCCUGACCAGGGUAAAGCAAGGCUUCUAACUCACUGGGAACAACUGGACUAUGGAGUACAGUUUACAUCUUCACGGAAGUUUUUCACAAUUUCUCCAAUAAUUCUAUAUUUUCUGGCAAGUUUCUAUACGAAGUAUGAUCCAACUCACUUCAUCCUAAACACAGCUUCCCUCCUGAGUGUGCUGAUUCCUAAAAUGCCACAGCUACAUGGUGUUCGGAUCUUUGGAAUUAACAAGUAUUGAAGUGUUUUGAAAUGGAACAAAAAAUUUUAUAGCUACUCAGUUUUCUAUAAGGAGUGGUUAGUAAACUGCACUGUUUCUGUGAAAAUGUGAAAUGAGAAGUAUUUACAUUGGAGGGCCAGUUGCUGGUUCUUCAUAGGCUGUUUUGAAGUGCAGAUAUUUACUAGAAGAUGCCUCUGUUUAAUGCAUGUGGUAUCUUUCUGAAGAGAGGCUUUACAGGCAGGCUGGGCAGGCCCAGCUUAUAAGUUAAAUGGCUGUAAAGUGAGGGUAUAGUAGAUAAAUCCAAGGAAAUAAGAGAUUUAUAAGACACUAAGACCAGCUUAGGUUAUAACGAGGGGGCAUUAUGUUAGGAAAAGAAAAUUUCCAAUCACUCAGUUUAAGCAGACAUGCGUGUAAACCAGAAUCAUCUCUUUAUAAGUUUAUUGUAAUUUUUAUUACCAUAUGUAUUCCUUUUGUGUCAUAUAAGAGGAUAUUUCCCUCUUGUUUUAUACAGGCCAAUCCCUACUUUAUGAUUGUACUUUUUUGCUUUUGCUGGUUCAACAUUGUAUUGAUGGAUGAGGUCAUUUUACAUUUAUUUAAUUACUGGGUUCAUGAGGCCCUACCUUCAUGACUGGUGAUAGAAGACAGCCAGGCAUCUUACAAAUAGCCUCUGAGUCAGUCUUCUAAUUUUGGAACAGAAUGGGUUUUGCUGCCUUUCCAGACACAAGGCUGCUAAACCAAUUAAGAAAAUAAUUUAUUUCACAGUUAAGAUAUAUGGUAAUUUAAAGGUGUCUGUUUAUUUGAUUGUUCAGUCUAAUUGUUAAAGUCUGCUGCUGUUUAGAAAAAGAAACAUAAAAUAGAGAACUAUACGGCCAACCUGUGGUCUAACAGAAACUGCUUUUCUAGCAGUAAUACCAAAGUAAAUAAUGGAGUCUUCUCUAGCAGAUCUGCAGUAUAAGAAAACAUUGUCUUUUCUUAGACGCCCUGCUCUCAAUACCCAUAUUUUGCCCAUUAAUGUUUUACCUUUCAUUACAUGGGUCUUAGUCUUGGUGUAGAUUAACCCAAGUGGUAACUGUUUCCAAAGCAGCAACCAUAUUGAAUUCCUGUAACUUAGAGAAUCUUCCUAUAGUUGACAUUAAUUGCCACAAAUAACUAUACUUUGAGAAGAAAACAUGUCAAAAACAAAGUUCUGAUAUGGGAUGAAACUGAAAAAUCCAGUAGUAUUUGUAAACCUGAGUGAAGAGAGUUACAGACCAACUGAAAAAUCAAUUUAUUUCAAUAAACUGACUUUCUAGGGGUAUUGAUCAUUGUUUUGUAUUUCCAAACUAUUGAGUUUAGAAAUCAGUUGUAUAAUAAUGCUUUUAUAUGUUUGUCUUUUCCCUUGUAUUUUUUAAACCAGUAAUCUAUACUUGAAUAAAAUUUUUCUUUCAUGUAA